CUCCUCAGGGCGAGCCGCGGGGCGGGGUGGCGGGUCCGGCCGCCCGGGGACGCUGCCCGCCGCGGGGCUGGAGAGGGCCGCGGGGCGCKAGGCUCCCGGCUCCUGCGGCCGCUGAUGGGAGGCGGCGCACCCGCGGGCGAACGACGGCGCCGCAGCCACCAUGGGGAACAAGCAGACCAUCUUCACCGAAGAGCAGCUGGACAACUACCAGGCUUCAUGCACGGUUCUACGAACUGGCCCCCAACCUUGUUCCGAUGGACUACAGGAAGAGCCCCAUUGUCCAUGUGCCUAUGAGCCUCAUCAUCCAGAUGCCGGAGCUCCGGGAGAAUCCCUUCAAGGAAAGGAUCGUGGAGGCUUUUUCUGAGGAUGGCGAAGGGAACCUCACCUUUAAUGACUUUGUGGACAUGUUUUCUGUGCUCUGCGAGUCAGCUCCCCGAGAGCUCAAGGCAAACUACGCCUUCAAGAUCUAUGACUUCAACACUGACAACUUCAUCUGCAAGGAGGACCUGGAGCUGACACUGGCCCGGCUCACCAAGUCAGAGCUGGAUGAGGACGAGGUGGUGCUCGUGUGUGACAAAGUCAUAGAGGAAGCUGACCUAGAUGGCGACGGCAAGCUGGGCUUUGCUGACUUUGAGGACAUGAUCGCCAAGGCCCCUGAUUUCCUCAGCACUUUCCACAUCCGGAUCUGAGGACACUGCCAAGGCUGUAGGACCUGGAAGCUCACCACCCAGCUCUGCUGCCUAUACAGGUGUGGCUGCAUGCUUCCCAGGAAAGGAACGGCAGCCUCUGGGGUUUACACCCAUGAACAUUUCCUGUGGCCCUUUCAGCAAAAAAGAAAGAAAGAAAGAAAAAAAAAAAAAACUUAAUGAGAGAAGUGGGUUGUGAGGAGUAGGACCCUUCCCAGGGCUCCCAGUGGUCCAGCCCCAGGACACAUAGCCCCUGAGCAAAUCCUUCCAUCCACCCCUCUCUCCCCAUCAGAAAUGUCCCUCCUGGGAGGGGAAGGAAGAAAACCCAACAGGAAGUGGUAGGGUCUGACUUGACCAUGUGCUGGGUUGAUACCCCAGUCACCUAGAGCAAAUACAAAAAAAAAA